GAAAAUGUCACUUGCGCUUUUCAUUACGUAAGGUUUGGUAAAAUGGAUGUAUUAUCACAAAAUUAGGAAACUGCUUUGAAAAUUCUCAGUACUGGCAAAUUGGAUGUGGUUCAUGAAAAAAUUAAAGUUUGUGCGUGUUUAAUUGGGCGUUGUCGAAGAAAAUGGCUAGAGUUGGGGGGGUUUUGAAACUGGGAAAAAUCGGGAGUGGAGUAGGUGUUUUAAAUGUUCGAAGUUUGGCAAUUAGUGCCAACCCAACUCAAGAAUAUGACAUAGUGGUGGUCGGAGGCGGCAUAGUGGGAACGGCAACCGCACGAGAACUAAAAAUCCGCCACCCGCACUUGAACAUGGCCAUCCUCGAAAAGGAGCACAAGCUGGCCGUGCACCAAAGCGGUCACAACAGCGGGGUGAUCCACGCGGGAAUCUAUUACACCCCUGGAUCUCUUAAGGCGAAGUUGUGCGUUGAAGGUCUCCAGUUAUCCUACAAGUAUUUUGCGGACAAAGGAGUGCCAUACAAGAAAGUCGGCAAACUGAUUGUGGCCACUUCAGAUGAAGAGGUAGGGAGGUUGCACAAUUUGUACGAAAGAGGGUUAAAGAAUAACGUUGAAGGUAUGAAGCUCCUGAAAGGCGAGGCAGAAAUUAAGGAGGUAGAGCCGAAUUGCCGAGGCGUGGAAGCCAUAUGGUCCCCCAUCACAGGAAUCGUGGAUUGGGCGUUGGUUACGCAGUACUACGGGAAGGAUUUCGAAGGGGACGGCGGCAAAAUCCACUUCCGCUUCGAAGUUAACGGUUUUAAAGACUCCCAGAACCCCGAAUACCCGGUCCUGUUGACCUCGAAAAGCGGAGACAAAGUACUAGCCAAGUAUGUCCUCACGUGCGGCGGUCUUUUUUCUGAUAAACUAGCCGAACUUUCAGGGUGUCCAAGAGACCCGCGCAUCGUUCCUUUCAGAGGCGAGUACUUGCUACUAGACGAAUCCAAGACCAACUUGGUCAAGGGGAAUAUUUACCCCGUUCCCGAUCCCAGAUUCCCCUUUUUGGGGGUGCAUUUCACCCCCAGGAUGGACGGCAGUGUUUGGUUGGGACCCAAUGCCGUUUUGGCCUUCAAAAGAGAGGGAUAUAGGCGGUCCGAUAUAAAUCUGCGAGAACUAUUUGACGCGCUAACGUACCCAGGCUUCAUUAAACUCUCGAUGAAGUUCGUAACCGCCGGCAUUAAAGAAUACCUGUACUCCAUCUUCUUGAGCUUGCAAGUGAAACAACUCCAAAAAUUCGUACCGCAGCUGAAGAGAGCAGACGUGAGAAGAGGUCCCGCAGGGGUCCGCGCUCAGGCCCUCGAUCGAAAAGGGAACCUGGUGGACGACUUCUACUUCGACAUGUAUAAAAAAGGCAAAACCGAGGUGGGACAGCGGGUGCUUCAUUGCAGGAACGCGCCAAGUCCGGGGGCUACCAGUUCACUGGCGAUCGCCAAAAUGAUGGCCGAUAAAAUGGAGUCCGAAUUCAAGUUCAAUAAACGGUAAAUGUUUGUGAUUUUACAGUACAAAUUUUUGCACAAAAUAAUGAUUUUUAUAUUUUGUUUAUUUAUAUGUGAUAUGUUUUAUGAAAAUAUAUAAUGUUAUGUAGUAUUUAACCAAACGGGU